AAUCCUCUUCCUCAGCAGAUCUUUGCUCAGAGUGAAUCCUCUUCCUCAGCAGAUCUUUGCUCAGAGUGAAUCCUCUUCCUCAGCAGACGAUCUUCGGCUCUCUUCCUGGUGAGAAUGGCAGCGGGCAGCGCGUGGAGGUCAAUGUUGUCCCAGGUGGUGGGGGGAGCGGUGAGGAGACCUGCUCUGUCUUCCUUUUCCAGAGGGAUGCAGACGGUCACACUGAUUCCUGGCGACGGCAUCGGCCCAGAGAUCUCCUCCGCUGUGAUGAAGAUCUUUGAGACAGCAAAGGCUCCGAUCAGGUGGGAGGAGAGGAACGUGACGGCGAUAAAGGGACCUGGCGGCCGAUGGAUGAUCCCCCCGGACGCCAAAGAGUCGAUGGACAAGAGCAAGAUCGGACUGAAAGGACCCCUGAAGACCCCCAUCGCCGCCGGCCACCCCUCCAUGAACCUGCUGCUGAGGAAGACCUUCGACCUUUACGCUAACGUGAGACCCUGCAUCUCCAUCGAGGGCUACAAGACGCCGUACACCGACGUCAACCUGGUCACCAUCCGGGAGAACACGGAGGGCGAGUACAGCGGUAUCGAACACGUGAUUGUGGACGGCGUCGUUCAGAGCAUUAAACUGAUCACUGAGGACGCCAGCAGACGGAUCGCUGAGUACGCCUUCGAAUACGCCAGAAACAACCAAAGAAACAGCGUGACGGCCGUCCACAAAGCUAACAUCAUGCGAAUGUCAGACGGUCUGUUUCUGAGGAAAUGUCGUGAGGUGGCUGAAAACUACAAAGACAUAAAGUUCACUGAGAUGUAUCUGGACACAGUCUGCCUCAAUAUGGUCCAGGAUCCGACCCAGUUUGACGUUCUGGUCAUGCCCAACCUGUACGGAGACAUUCUGAGCGAUCUGUGUGCCGGUCUGAUCGGAGGACUCGGGGUCACUCCCAGCGGGAACAUCGGCGCCAACGGAGUCGCCAUUUUUGAAUCGGUUCACGGCACCGCGCCCGACAUCGCCGGCUUGGACUUGGCGAACCCCACCGCCCUACUGCUCAGUGCCGUCAUGAUGCUGCGUCACAUGGGUCUCCAUGACUACGGCAACAAGAUCCAGACGGCGUGCUUCGACACCAUCAGAGACAAGAAGGUGCUGACGAAGGACCUGGGAGGAAACUCCAAGUGUUCAGAGUUUACAGCCGAUAUCUGCCGUCGCAUCCAGGACCUGGACUGAAGCUGCAGGAGCCGGGACCACCACGGGCACAGAGCCAUGCCUCCCCCUCUGCCUCCUCCCUCCCCCUCCCUCCCCCUCCCUCCCAGGGGAGACAGCGGGGGGGCUGAGCUGCAGUAUAUCUGUGUUUGUGUUUUUGCUUUAAUGACGUGGAGACGGGGCGGGGAGGGCGGGGCUUCUGUGGCAGCUACCUGAUUGGUUGACAUAAUGAAACAUUCACAGUAAACAUACGCACAAAUGUAACACGACCAAGUUUGAAUGAGUGUUAUUACAUCAUCAUCAUCAUCAUCAUCAUCUUCCUCAGAUGAAUAUGAACAGCUAAUAUCGGCCCUCCGCUUUGAUAUUUGAUAUUUUUUUAACAGUAAUGCUAAAGGUCCAUUUAUUUAUUGUUUCCUGUUACUGUGUCCUGCUGCAGAGAGAUAAACAUAUAAAGGAAGA